UCAAAAGCAACACAACUUUAGAUUCUUGAGAAUUCAGACCUUCAAACAUGUAUGCAUAGACUGAUACACACACACACACACAUAUAUAUAUACAUGGUGGGAUAGAUAGCUGUCCACAACAUCAUAAACAAAGACUUGUAGAGACAACCUCUACAACUAACCUCAAACCCCUCAAAACCACCCCAUAUUCCCUCCAAAAAAUGGAAAUCCAUUUCCAGCAAAAACAAAUCAUCCCUGUGAACAAACUCCCCAAAUUCAAAGGCAGAACCCGAAACAACAACAGCAAGUUCGUUGGGGUGAGGCAAAGGCCCUCGGGGCGAUGGGUAGCAGAGAUCAAAGACACAACACAGAAGAUAAGGAUGUGGCUAGGAACCUAUGAAACUGCAGAGGAAGCCGCCUGUGCUUAUGACCAGGCGGCCUGCCUUCUUCGAGGAUCAAACACUCGAACCAACUUCGUGACUUGCCUCCCACCAGACUCUGCCCUGGCUUCGCGCAUCAGAAAAAUAUUUAACAGCAAGAAGAAUAAUGCAAAGCGAGCUGAUGUGGGACCGUAUCACCCGAGCCCUCAACACAAUUCAUCUUCCUCUAAUAGUAAUGCCAAGACAUCAGAGGAUGGUUCUGUAACAAGUUUCAAGAAUCAAGACACAAGUUCAUCUGAUUUUGGUCUGGAAUCAAUUCCAAUCUUUUCUGAUCAAGAAAGUGGGAAACUGCAAUUGUUUGAGAAUACUUAUAAGCCUGAUCUGAGCACUUGCUCUGAUGAACUGGAACUCAGAUCUUCUCCUUCUUCUUCUUCUUCUUCAUCAUCUUCUUCAGAACCAAAGGCAGUUGUGUCAUGGAGUUUCCAGCAAGGGAUUGAAUUUGCACAAGAAAUGGUGGAUUUCAACAAGACAGAAGAAAUGGGAUUCUCAGAAUUUGAGAGGAUGAAAGUGGAAAGAUCAAUUUCAGCAUCUUUGUAUGCAGUGCAUGGGGUGCAGGAGUACAUGCAAGCAGUCAAUGAUCCUGCAAAUGAAGCUCUUUGGGAUCUUCCCCCUCUGUGUUCUUUGUUGUACUAAAGAUUAAGGUUGUGAAUUUUGUAUUAUUUCCUCCAACUAUAUAUAUAUAUAUAUGUUUCAAGAUUUAUAAUUA